AUGAUCGCCUCGUUCUUAGUGUUCCACAAGGAAUGGAACGGAGAGGAGGAGCGAGAUCUCUUACAGGGCAUCUACAAAGCGGCUCCUAGGGGCUUCCUACAGCUGCAUUACCCCUUAAACCCUGUCCCUUCCCAGGCGAGGUACCUUCAGUACAUAGCCCACUGCGUCAGCUCUUUACCCCACGGGUUUAUUGAGAGGGAAAGCAAGGACAAGAAGGGGAAGGGGAAGGGAAAAGGGGUGGCGGAGGAGGAGGGCAGCGAGUGGGGGAGCCAGGUGCUGGUUCCGUCUUCUAGAGAGGGGUGUCUGGGAGCGAGCAGCAGCCGGAUGGUGACUCUAGACUGUGUGAUUAUGCGCGGUGUGCCACAGCUGGACGCUAGAGGCGGGUGCUGCCCUGUGAUCAGAGUGUUUGGGCGCGAUCCUGGCCUGCCGGAGAACCGAGACUCGGGGCUGCUGUUUCUGAGCGCGAGGCAUGGCGUGAAUCGAGCCAAGUACUACCUGCAGGUGAGGCAAGGGGUAAAGAGAUCUGCUGAGUGCUACCUGCAGGUGAGGCAAGGGGUAAAGAGAUCUGCUGAGUGCUACCUGCAGGUGAGGCAAGGGGUAAAGAGAUCUGCUGAGUGCUACCUGCAGGUGAGGCAAGGGGUAAAGAGAUCUGCUGAGUGCUACCUGCAGGUGAGGCAAGGGGUAAAGAGAUCUGCUGAGUGCUACCUGCAGGGAAGCGGAGGUGGUGAAGAUGGAUAUGACGGCGGUGGUGCAGGGCAGGGCGAUGUGGUGAUCGAGUGUGUGCAUGUGGGUCAACUCACAAGUUCCCCGCACACACCACCUCCCUCCCCACCCACCCUGCCCCCCUUGCGCUCCCCCUUCCAAACAGCCAGAGGGAGGGAAGCGGAGGUGGUGAAGAUGGAUGUGACGGCGGUGGUGCAGGCCGAUGUGAUGAUCGAGUGCGUGCAUGUGGACAUGGAGUGGGGAGGCGCCGAGCAGAUGGUCGACUCGACCGAAUGGACCCCCUCCUCAACCGCUCCCCUCCUCACCUGCUCCCCUCCCCUUUUUUCCCUUUUUUACAACCAGAGGGAAGCGGAGGUGGUGAAGAUGGAUGUGAUGGCAGUGGUGCAGGGGGACGUGGUGAUAGAGUGCGUGCAUAGAGAGGCGGAGGUGGUGAAGAUGGAUGUGAUGGCGGUGGUGCAGGGGGACGUGGUGAUAGAGUGUGUGCAUGUGGACAUGGAGGGCGCGGGCAGCGAGCAGAUGGUGUGGCGAGUGGCGUUCAACACGGCCCACGUGCGAUCCAACAUGCUCGUGCUCUCGCGGGACGAUCUCGAUAUUCUCUGGCACACAAGGGAGCGGUUCACGCAGGACUUCAGAGUGGAGAUCCUUCUGACGGACCGGGAGUCCAAGGUACUGCCUCCACCAGCCGCCACCUCCCUGGCAGCAGACGACUUCGGCGGUCUACCCCUCGAUUCCUUCCUCAAGCUCAAGGAGGCUUUUGAGGAUUCCAAUUGGUCGCAGGACGACAGCUCACGCGCCCUAGAAGAGAUCCGCCACACCAUCUACUCCGCAGCCAGUACCAAGAGGAGAAACCGCCGGAGUGGAGGGUUGCGGGUUCGAACCCGGGUGCCGGCAGGUGGGAAGUGGGGCCCAGGAGGGGCGGGGUUUGCAGGGGAUAUGCUAGAUGAUAGCGAUUAUGCUUCGGAUUUGGAUUCAGCUGAUACUUCUCCGACGUUUUCGAGCAUGUUGCAUUCAAGGGAUGGGAGCCCGUCGCCAUCUCGGCCGUUUGGGAGUGGUUUAGGGUUUGGGAUGUUUGGGUUUCCGGGCGGGAAGGUGCGGAGGAAGGUUGGGUCGGAGAUGGUGUUGCCGCCUGGGUUGUUGUUUGCGGAGCAGACUUAUACGGAGGAGGAGGGGCUGACGAGGAGAGAGAGGGCGAGUGCGGGGGAUUUGAAGAUGCUUUGGAGGAUGUCGAAACGGGUGCCGGGGUUUAAGUUGCCCGAGAUGGGUUUGCUGGGGCAGAAGGGACUGGAGAAGGGGGAGGAUGAGAAGAAGGAAGAGGAGAAGGAGGAAAAGAAGGAGGAGAAGGAGGAGGAGAAGGAAGAGGAGAAGGAGGAGAAAAAGGAGGAGAAGAAGGAGAAGAAGGAGGAGGAGAAGGAAGAGGAGGAUGAGGAGGAAAAGGCGGCUGCUGCAGCUGCUGCUGCUGCUGAGGCUGCAGCAGAGAGGAAGAAACAGGAGAAGCUGAGGAAGGCUGAAGAGAGGCGGAUGGAGGCUGAGAGGAGGAGGUUAGAGGAGGAGGAAGAGGAGAGGAGGGAGGAGGAGAGGUGGAAGGAGGAGCAGAGGAGGAGGCAGGAGGAGAGGGCAGCUAGAAAGGCAGCAUUAGCUGCAAAGAUGGCUGAGCCAGAUCCGCCCAGUCCCAAAGUAGCCCCCCCGCCCCCGCCUCCUCCCCAGGGGGGGGACCUCCCCCUCCUCCUCCGCCUCCCCCUCCCCCACCCCCUCCCCCAGGCGGAGGCGCUCCUCCCCCUCCCCCUCCACCCCCUCCCCCACCCCCUCCCCCAGGUGGGGGUCCUCCCCCGCCCCCUCCCCCGCCUCCUCCCCCACCCCCUCCCCCAGGAGGGGGUCCUCCCCCGCCCCCUCCCCCGCCUCCUCCCCCGCCCCCUCCUCCAGGGGGUGCCCCUCCUCCUCCUCCCCCUCCUCCCCUUCCGCCAGGGGGGCGGGCCCCCCGCCUCCUCCGCCCCCUCCACCUCCUCCCCCAGGUGGUGGCCCUCCCCCUCCUCCCCCCCCACCCCCUCCCCCAGGCGGGGGCCCUCCCCCGCCUCCCCCUCCCCCUGGCGGGCCCAGAGGACCUCCCCCUCCCCCUCCCCCUCCUGGCGGGCCCAGAGGCCCCCCACCCCCUCCCCCUCCCCCUGGGGGGGGAAAGGGUCCCCCCCGCCCCCCCCUCCCCCAGGGGGCAAGGGCGGACCACCUCCCCCUCCCCCGCCCCCAGGGGGAAAAGGCCCUCCAGGCCCUCCCCCUCCCCCCGGAUUGAAGGGCCCCCCUCCUCCCCCCGGGUUCAAGGGGAAGGGUCCCCCUCCCCCCCCCGGGUUCAAGGGGAAGGGUCCACCGGGGCCCCCUCCCCCCGGGGGGUUCAAGGGGGGGUUUGCAGCUGCUGCGCCCCCCCCCAAGAAGAAGACCCCCCUGAAGGCGUUUUUCUGGGGGAAGGUGACGCGAGUGGUGGAGGGGAACAUGUGGGCGGAGGUGCAGAAGGAGGAGCAGGUCGCUGCUACCCCCAAGCUGGACCUGGAGGCGCUAUACCCAGAGCUGGAGGAUCUGUUUUCUGCCGCCCCUCCCCCCAAGAAGAAAGACACCGGGCCCAAGAAGGAGGCCAAGCCGCAAGCACUCUCUCUUAUUGAUAUGAAGCGAGCCAACAAUUGUAUGAUUAUGCUUUCCAACAUGAAGCACCUCAAAUACAAUGAGAUUGUG